AGCUAAGUUUUUGAAAGAGAUAACCUGCUUACUUGUGUUAACCAUAAAGCAGGACAACAAAACUACAUCAAACAAACGACAGUAACGCACAAUUUUGGUCGUGUGGACAGACAAAAGCGGCAAACCACAAACGAAAAUGCGAAUUCGCAUUAUAUUGUUGGCCCUGAUUGUGCAUCAGUGCUGGACCCAUCCGUCCUUUGGGGCAGAGACGACAUCAGACAUCACAGACGACAAAGCAGCACAGCCACAGCAGUUGAAACCACAAAAGGACAGUCCCGACCGAGAUGGCGAAUCAUCAAAGAGGAUUAUCGGUUCUAGUGUUGUAACAUCAGUCUCUGUAAUCCUAAAUGGCAACGAACCGGAAUUCACUGAUGCCCUUGGGGUCAAAGUUCCCAAACCACAAGUUCCUCAUCUACAAGUUGCUAGCCCUAUCAAUCUCCUAAAUCCUGAUCGCUAUGAAUUCUACACUUUCGAUGAUAAUGGUGAACUUGUUAAACGUCUAAUGACAAUGCAAGAAAUCCAAAGUAUCGUAGCAAAUGGCGAUGGUGAAGGACCAACUAUUAUUCAUUCAGCUCCAAUUAAUGAACGUGAUCCAGAAAAGAAUGUUCAAGACAUCGUCAAAAGUGUACAAAGUGUUCUAAAUCGUGAAGUUGAAUCUAAUAAAAAUGCAUCUGAUAUUCAACCAAUACUUGAUACUCCUGAUGUAUCAUCGUCAUGGUCAAUGAUACUUCCGGCAAUAUUUGGCAAUACAGGUGGAGAUAUAUUUCCACAAAAUAAACCCCAACAAGUUGUUAUGACACCAGAUUCUGAUGUGUUUGAAGCAACUACUAAAUCGAAUAGAACAAAACCUUCAGCGAAGCCAAAACCACAAAAGAAGAAAAAUGGAAACAGACGGAAGACCACUACCAAGAGAGUUUCUACUACAACAGCUUUGCCAGAUCUUGAAGCUGAAGGUGCUGAGGUUUAUGAUUCGACAACAAGAAGAGUUUUCAUCAAUAACCAAGAAGUAUUUCAAUCAACCGAAACUGGUGAUCUUCUUUUGGGUGAAGAAUUAUCAAAGAAACAUUCAGCAGUUGCUCAUGCUAGACCAGCUUCAACUAAACGACCACAGGGAAGUAAUUUAAAGAAGAAAACUAAACGUCCAUCAACUUCUACUGCAGCUCCAACACCUCCGCUAGAAUCAGUAACAUCAACAAUAGCACCGGAACCAACAACUCCAGCAACAACGGAAGCAGCUCCAACAGUACCGGUUGCAACAACUUUGGUAUCCACUACUGUUACUGAAAUUUCGUCAACAACAACUGUUUCACCGGUGGUUAGUGAAGAACAAGGAAAUAAGGAGAAACCUCCACAGAAGAAGCGAAAGAAGCCCACUCGUAAACCUACCAAUCCUGAUUCAGCUAUCGAAGUAUCAACGGAAAAACACUACAGCAACUAUCACAGAAGGAAACACAGUACAGCACGUCCGUACCACAAUGCCCCAACAACUUCACAAAUUUCAUCAACAACAACAACAACAUCAACAACAACAACAACAACUGAAGCUCCACCUACUUCAACAACUCCAGUACCAAGUACCAGCUCAACUACAACAACAACAACCGAAGUUCCUUCAUCAACCACAACUCCUGCUCCAGAAACAACAACCACGACUUUAAAGCCUAUCCAUCAUAAGCCUCAUACCACUAAAAAAUCAACAACACACAAACCUACUACAACAGCUGAAGAACAUCAAACUUUCGCCACCUACCGUCCAACACCUCCAACAUCAACCACUGAAACUCUACCAACUUAUCAACCUCCAACUACCUCAACCAGUUCCUAUGCUUCGACUACUAUCAAACCCUACAAUGCUCCUCCGAACUACAUCGAACAAGAACAAGUCGAUGACUAUCUCAUCAGUCCCGAUAAUUUCAGCCCUUCGUUGAAGAAAGAAAAGAUCGAAUUGCCAGGUUCUCUAAGUCAGAAAGAAGAAGAUCACAAUACAAAAGUUUCAUUCGAUCAAAUUCUUCAAAGUCUUAAGGAAGAAUCUUCAACCGAUGACAUGAUGGAGGCAAGUGAAUCUGAAGAAGUACAAAUGCCAGCUAGACUACCGUUGAAUAAUGAACCCGUAACAGAAACUGAAUCACCAAUAACAAUGACUUCGAUGGAUUUAUUAAAAAAAGAUGAUGAAUUCGAUGGUUUAGAUUUGACUGCUUCAUCUACUGAAGAUUCGAUCAAAGAAGAAGGCCCGGUUGUGAUUAUUACAGGAAGACCACAGAUUCAUACUUCGAAUAAGCCAGUUGUUCCAUUGGUUUAUAUUGCUCCUGAUACUACAACAGCUUUUGAAGAACCUCAAAGAACAACUUUAAGUAUUGAAGAUCAAACUGAAGCAACAACUUUACAAGAUAGAAGAACUUCUGAUAACAAAGAAGAAGGAUCAGCGAAUGUUGUCAAGUUUGAACCACUUUUUGCUGAUAUUCAAGAUCCUGUUGUUACAACUUUUACUACCACUGAACUUCCUCAAACCACAUUGUUUAAUGAUGAAGAGUUUUCAACUACAAAUGAAGAUGAAGAUUCUUUAUUAACUACCACUCUUCCUCCACUACCAUUAGACAAUCUUAUGCAAAAAAUUGAUAACCUUAUUGCAAUGAGUCUAAAAUCAAAUGAUACUAGUAACAUUGUCGAAGCAAAUACAAGUCAAAACCAACAGGCAAUACCUCAUAUAAGUGCAUUAACCAUGAAUGAUUUCAAAACUCAAGCAGCAACAAUGGCAUCAAUAUUAGAAGACCACAAUACAAGUAGUGAUGAUGAAUUCACUGAAACAACAACAACAACAGUGAAUUCAAUUGAAAGCAAGGAUGAAAUUGAAUUACUUUUGACCGAUGUAAUCAACCAAAUGACUCAAACUCAACCCAAUCCUAAACCCACAGUUGGGACAACAACAACCACAACAAUUCCAAACAAUAUUAUCCAACGUAAGGACGAAGAAGAAAUAGAGGAUGUUAAAGAAUCCAAUCUUCACAGCAGCAACAGUAACCAUCAAGAUGAAACCGCACAACGUUUAUCGAAUUUUGCCCAAAUCAAUCCAGCACUUCAUUUGAGCGUUUCAGAGAUCAAAGAAACCGCUCUUCGACAGCCAAUUUUGAAUGAGUCAAUUAAGAUUGUUACUUCCGUUCCGAAAGUGAAUAUUAAUGAUGAUAAUGAUGUUGUUGAUGAUUUAUUGCGGCAUGGUUCUGAUGAUGAAGAAGAAGAAACCACAUUGACUCCUGAAACAAAUUAUGUCCUAAUAUCACAAGGAAAUGAUGAUUAUCCAGCUGUUUUGGAAAAUACUGAUACCGAAGAUGCAAAGGUAGAAGUUACUACAAUUUCUCAAAAUGAAGAGGAAAUUAUAAAAAAUGAUAAGGAAGAACCAUCUGGUGAAGAUAAAAUCGAUGAAAUUUCAAUGAAGAGUGAAGAGGGAGAAAUGGAAGAAAUCAAUACCUCUUCAUCAAGUACUGAUACCGCCGAAGAAGAAAAAUCUACAGAAAUUCCCGGAGAAACCACUGUUGUUUUCACUGAUUCCGAUAUGGAAGUAAGUUUGGAACCAUUAGAACAUACAACAAUUGUACCAGCUGAUUCACAUUUACUUCAUGGUGAAGAUCCAUAUAUUAAACUUGGAGAAAUCGGUGCUAAACCUACUGUUCAAAGUGUCGUACAGCUGAUUUACGGACAAGACUCAAAACCUGAAUUGAAAACUGAAGAUAUCAAAGAAUUGGAGAAGAUUGAUGAUAAUCCAGUGAUGAUGAACAAUGAAUAUCCAUCAAGUGAGAAACCUAUCAAAGAUAGUCUUCGAAUUUCUUCAGAAAAAGUCGAGGUUUCCACAGAAAAAAUAGAAGAAGAAUUGAAACAACCACUUCCAACAGUUCAAUCAGCUAUUGAAGAUUCUUCAAACAAAGAAACAGAGCUUCCUCAACUACUAACAGCAGUUGAAGAUUCUUCCAACACCGAAUCAGAGCUUCCACAACUUCUAACAGCUUCAGUAAGUGAGGAAGCUCCUGUGAUUUCCGAAGAUCCGAUAUCUACUUCAGCUCCACUAACAACCUCUCCAACCAAAAAACCCUCAAACACUCUUAAACCAGUAUCGUAUUUCAACAAACAACCAGCUUUAAUGUUAAAUGAUCAAAAUAAGUUCCAGGCUUUUCAGGCGGUACAGGUUCAGCAACGUCCUGUAGUACGUCCUGCAUCAUUGAGUAAUCUCAAGAUGCCACAAUCUGGUGCCGGAAGACCUCCUGUUAAACUUGAUCCUAGUCCAGCUGAUUCGAAAGGUCUUGAAACCAGUACCCAAUCUUUAGAUGAAGAUCUUCGUCAAUUCUCACAACUUUGUAACGAACUUGCUUUCACCUAUUGGAGAUCAAUUACUUCGGAGAAAAUCAGUUCAGCAAGAAGUUUGGUAAUUUCGCCAUUUGCUUUGACUUCAAUGUUAUCAAUGGUGUUUUUGGGAGCUCGUGGAAGUACUUCUGGGGAGAUGAAUGAAGUUCUGAAACUUGAUGAUAUGGUUACGUUCAAUCCUCACUUGGUCUUCAAAAAUGUCACAGAGUCUGUUGAGAGAGCUACUGAUAGUGAUAUUUCUUCGAGUGCUUUUGUAAGAGAGGCUUUUAGUGAUCGUGCGAAUGGGAAGAUUUUGCAGUUCUUCAAGGAGAAGACACAACAAUUCUACUCGGGACAUGUUGAAGAAGUCAAUUUCCAUGUUGUGAAUGAUGUAAUUCGCAGAAGGACUAAUCUUCUUGUGAAGAGACACACAAUGGGAAAGGUUAUGGAGUAUCUUCGUACCAACAGUGUUUGGGUUAAUGGUCCAUUGGCAACUAUUUCAGCGAACUUGUUCCAGACUGAUUGUAGUAAGGCAUCAUUUGCUGAUCGAGAUGGAGAAAUGUUCUUCCAGGUGCAUCCAUCGAUUAGGCAACGAAGACUUGUGCCAAUUCCAGCAGUGCUCUUCCGAACUGGUUUUACCGCAGGCUAUGAGCCGAAUCUUGAUGCGACAGUUGUAGCCUUCGGAAAGUACUAUGAGACUGUUAGUACGAUCUAUGUGAUGCCAGGACAGCAGGGAACUCUUGCACCGGCAGAUAGUCUUGAUCUUCUGGAAAAUAAUCUCAUGGAAACAGCUUUGACUAAAAAUGCUUGGAGUAACCUUUUAACGUCUCUUAUGGAAAGACCGGGUCUAGAGGUACAACUUCCACGAUUCUCACAUAGAUCGUUUGUAAAUGCUUCGCUGGGUCUUCAGAAGAUGGGUUUGAAGGGCUUAUUCAAUUCAGAACUUGCUGAUCUUCGUGGUCUGACCGGUCUUGCGGCUAAGGAUAUAUAUCUUUCGGAUAUGAUUCAGAUUAAUACAUUUAGUACAUGUGCUGAGGAUAAGAUUGGUGAACAUCAUCAUGUUGAGAUGUAUCCAGCCCCGCCAAUUCGCAAACGGAAUAAGGACGUUCGAGAAAAUGAAGAUGACGAAAAUGAUUCUUCAGAGAGUGUUAUUGAUUUUGGAUCAAUUGUUCAAGAUAAUGGUAUGGCAAGAGGUUUCUAUGAUGAUUUACUUGAUCCUAAAUUUUUGGAACUGCCUUUGCCACUUCGUCCAAGACAGGCACGAAUUCCUGAUGCUCCAAGACUUCGUUUUGAUAGGCCUUUCCUUUAUUUUGUUCGACAUAAUCCAACUGGAAUGAUAUUAUUUAUGGGUCGUUUUAAUCCGAGACUACUGCCUUAGAUGCAAAUUUUUUAGGUGUCCUUUUCUUCUGAAAGCUAGCUAGAUAUUUAAAUAGUUGUUUAAGCAAAUUUUUUAAUUUUUAUUUAUUUCUUCAUCUAUAGAAUAGAAUAUCAUUUAUAUCAUAAAAUUUCAAAUUUAUUUAAUUUUUUGUGUGCUCGUGCAAAUCCUUAAUCUAGGAUCAGUUAAGAAAGAAAUCGUAUUUUAAAAAAAUUACAAAGAGGUUUUUUUUUUUUGUUUGAUUUGUUAGAUCCUGGAUUGACGAUUGGCGCCCUAAUUUUUUUU